AUGCCUGUCAUUCUCGCGCAAAUUCUCACCAGCUGCAAGAAACAAACCGAACCAAAAUUCCUUCUUACUUGUACCGCCACUCAGGUAACCGAUCGUAAAAUAAUGAACCCCUUCACUCUCUACCAGGAUGACGGAUCAUCUGACCCCCAGUACAGAGCAACCGUUGAGAGUGUCAAAGCGUCCAUUGCUCGGCCGCCAUGCGAGUGUGUCGACUGCCAGAACGGAUUCUACACUGUCAAGGAACAAUAUAGCCCGGGCUUGUCCUACCGUCGCAGGCUUUCUGAUAAAGAAGCGGAGCGCACUGUGCUCUCGGCCGUGGAGGAUAUCCAUCGUCGGCAAGUUUCACUUGCAAAACGUAUCGAUGUCUUUGGCGAUGUCUUGCUGCGUCGGUGGAAAAAGCGAAGCCAAGCAAAGCGAGAGGCCCUGUUGAAGGAAGCAACUCCGGAGCUCGAGGAGGGCCAGCGGCUCCUUCCGCGGUAUACUUACCUGCGCGAAAGGCUUUACAUACACGCGAGAAGCCCAACUCGGAGACGUCAACUCCUGUUGCCAUGGCUGAACGUGCAAGUCAUAAAGACCAACCCUGCAGUCCUUUUUGCUCUGCUUCACUAUAGGACCGCCUAUUCUCCCCAGCACUGGGCGGCGUUCGACAGUAGGCAGCUCACUCUCGGCUGGGCAGCUGGAUUCUUUGACGUCGACUUCUCGGCCAAAUGUGUUGUCAUGUAUGGAGAUCAAUAUGGAUCACUGGUCGACUGGGAAGAAAAGGCCGCCCAUCGAGCUGAUACUCUUGGAUUUCCUAGGGCCAUGCUUGUUCUUGAAGCGCAGGCGUACCUUAUGGAGGUUCUCUGCAGCAUAGUGGAAAGGAUCCUCGACGGCGUAGACCCUUCACAACCCCCUCGGGUUGAGAAGUGGCGAGGCCUUGUCAGCCACGAAGCCUUUCGAGAGACGGGUGUGGUAGAGUUCUGGUCUCCCUACACGAACCAAGCCUUCUCACAACCGCCAGAAUUCGACAGCAACUACCUGCUCACGCUCGCCAAGACUCGACUGGAUGAAACGGGAGAUCAUCUCUGGUACCUGCAGUGCGAUGCUGCAUACAUGAGGAGACAUCUGAAGAUCAUGUUCGCAACUGAGAUCUUCAAGAAAGCCUCGGAACCCCAUAAAGCUGUGCUACUUGCCCAGCGCAUUCGAACUGAGAUCCUGAAUUACUAUUGGUGGCGAUGGAUUGAAAUGGAGUGCAGGCAUGUGGACGCGGAGCGCAAGAGAUUCCGCGACAACAUAUAUCCCGGUGCACCUUUGCCGAUCCGUUACGACAAAGCCCUCGGUGCCCUUGAGCUUCUCCUUGUUAACCAGGUCAUAUACAGGGCAAGUCGCCUGAAGGAACUACUACCGUUUGUUCCGGGCCUCCAGAAACACUGGAAUCUCGAGCCUGAAGCGAACUUGCCCAAUACAAUUGGGUUCCUGAAACGAGAGGCGUCUGCAAACACACAGGAGGCGCUCACCGAGGACCCCGUCGACUGGUGUCUAGUUCAGUUGCAAGCAAAGCCUGACGACCAAAGGGCCUUUGAUCAUGCGAUGCUCUUCGCAAUGCUGCAGGAUCAUCUGUCCAGAAACCCAUCCGAGAGAAAAAGGCUUGACGAAAUCAUAUACCAGACACUCUCGGACCUCUCAACCUGCCAUGAAAUGCUUCUGGCCGUCCGUUCCCACAGGCCACAGAAUGCAGCAAGAACAGUGCAGGAAGUCAGAGCCACAGAAGACAGGGAGUCUUGGAAGCGGCGACGUUCCGAAAGCUACAAAGAGGACCUUGGCCUUCUUCAAGACAUCGGGACGUCACUUAUUAGGGACCUCUACCUUGCAAAACCACCAACAGGUCCGAGAAAUGCUGAUUGGCUUGCGCGGUCUCAGGUGCUCCGCACUGCCCUCGAGAAAUUCUGGGAAUCGAUUAGAGGAACCGUCAGAGAGGAAUUUCGCAGUUCUGCUUUCAGUCCAGCAGAGAUCGACAGUCUUCUUGAAGUCGUUUCGGCGAAUCUAAAUGCAGAGUAUCUGCAACAGGAACAACGGGCAGAGGCUGAGAUCCUCACCGCUAUCCGUAGAGUAGAUGAGCCACAGGCCGUUGCCGGUAUCUUCUACGAGGCUGAAUCCAGGCCCGUGUCGUCUACGAUAGCCACACACCGAGAAAAGGCUAAAACACGGGGAGGGCAAGGGCCUUCUGCCGGUGAUAUUAUAGAUCUACAGGACAAUGCUCCAAGUGCUCACGGAGAACCCACCGAGUUCACCAAAGGCACCGCCAUUGAAGUUACGAGGCAAUCGUUGGGGGUCUUUCAACUCAUGUUCCCCGACAAAGAUAACGUUGUCAAAGACGUGUUGUGGGAUCGAUUUGUUCACGCCAUGAUUGAUGCGGGAUUUACUGCAACGAACAACAGCGGCUCGGCAGUGGCGUUUAAGCAGUUGUCCGGGGAGGGAGGCAUGAUCGUCUUCCAUAAGCCACAUCCUGUUGACAAGAUCGAUCCAGUUCUGUUACGGAUCAUGGGCAAGAGAAUGACAAGGUGGUUUGGGUGGAGGCGAGAGCUUUUUGUUUUGCGCGACGAGACCAUCUGA